GUGAGUUUUGUUUUGAUUCGUCAAAUUUCAAUUCAGUCUCAAUCUUAAUCCGUAAUGUGACAUAGGCAUAACGUGACAUGAGGAAGCUAUCAUUGGAUAUCGUUCAUCGUAUCUGAUAUACAACGGACAUUGGGUGCAAAAUGCUAGCAACGCGAACAGACUUAUGAGUUUGAGUGACAGUUGAUGAAUCGCCGGGGUUUCUCUCAGCACUUGUCGAAGGAGGGAGAGGACUUUUACUGUGUCAUAUGCUUGCUGAACACUGACGAAAGGCUGUUUGGCAUUGUUUGAUAUUGACGAUUGAAAGUCAACUCAGACACCUGAUACAGCUGCUUACGACAAGUUGCUUAGCCACUGCUUGAACAUGCCAGAAGAACUGCUAUUACAAUGUGAAGCAAUGAUGAAAGCUCUAGGUGAAGCUGUGGCAAGAGAUUCGAAAGUUACAUUUGCGCAAUUUGCACUUGCGUUUACUUGUGGUUUUCUUAUAAACACAAUUUUAAGGAAUACAGUUUUAGGAAGGAAAUCUAUUCUAAGGAGAAUUAUACCAGGCCAAAAUUCACAAUCUGAAGAUUGGGAAGAUAGUGAUGAUGAUGAGGACGAUGAGGACGAUAAUGAUAAUGAGGAUGAGUGUUUUGACAGUUACAUGAACAACUCGAAAUCUGAACCUUACAAGAUGGUUCUAGCAAUUAAUAAUAAAUUAAAAAUGGAAAAGGGCAAAGUGGCAGCGCAGUGUGCCCACGGUGCUAUUGCGGCAUACAAAAUUGCCCUUACGAGAAAUCCAUCAGCAUUAAAACGUUGGGAAAAAUCAGGCCAAACUAAGAUCACUGUUAAGGUGGAUGACGAGUAUGUACUUGCGGAUAUAUUGCGAAAAGCUAAAGAAGCACAUCUUAUCUCGCAUAUCAUACAAGAUGCGGGUCGUACACAGAUACAAGUAGGAAGUAAGACAGUAUGCGUGAUUGGACCAGGUCCGUCGAAAUUAAUAGAUAAGAUAACUGGUGAAUUCAAAUUGUAUUAACUGCUUGUCAGAUCAAAAUUGAUAUUUUUAUUGUUCAAAUUUACAUUUAUUUCUAGUAUUAUCUCGUUAUCAUAUUGUCAUCUCCUGUUUUAUUAUUGUCUCUUCUAUUACAAUGAUCAACCUGUCAGAUAAAAUCUUGAAAUUACUAAUCUUUUAAAUGGUAAUUUCGUUGUAUCCGAGUUUUUCCUGCUAUGGUAUAUUUGUCAGUCACUUAAGCCAUGUAAGGUUGAUAUGUAUGCUAUAUAAUGAAAUAUAGCAUAGAUGUACGCAUUUGAAAGUGAGAUAACACUCUCCCGAAUACAAGUAUACACGAGCGAAGCAAAUUUCUUUCUCAACAAGCCUUGACAAAAUUGUAUCUUCUGUAAAAUUGUCCUUAAAAUUAAUAUAAUACAUCCUUGUAUUUCAUCGA